AAAGUUUUACAUGUAAAAAAGUAGAAAUUUAUGAUUAAGAUUAAAACAUGCUAAAUCUAUUACACACAAGAGUACUUUUUGUCGUGAUUAUUUUAUUUACAAGAUUUCAAAAUAGUAAUCCAAAAAAUUUUGGAAAGAGGAGUAAAGUCAUCAAUGGAGGCCCGGCAUUGCCUGGACAGUUUCCGUUUCUUGUAAGUAUCAUGAGGAAAGAACAUUUCGGUCAAAAGUGCGGAGGAAACGUUGUUACACGAUGGUUCAUUCUGACGGCUUGCCACUGCGUUGUUGAUCUCAAAAGUGAAGAAAUUACACCAUAUGAACUUAGUUGGCUUGUUGUCGUUGCUGGUAACAUCAAUCGUAUUCCGGGUAAAGGAGGACAGAUACGAUUUAUACAAUACGCGAUUAUUCACAGUAAAUGCGAAAAUAUAUUUCCUGGAUCAUCCUAUGAUUUAGCGUUACUUCGAGUUACCCAACAGUUCAAUUGGACACCAUGGUUGAAACCGAUGCCAAUAUUUUCAACCGACCCUAAACUCCUUGAAGAGAGAUUGAAUGAUUUAAUGAAAAAGGAAGUCAAGUGUUAUGGUGUUGGUUGGGGGAUGACUAAAAUCAGUAGUAAAGGUAUAUACAAAAAUCCUUCCAUAAACUUGCUUUACGCAGAAGUGAAUCUCCUUAGCCUGGAAAGCUGUGCAAUAAUCUUACCGAAGGAAUUGAAUAAUAGAAAGCAGAUAUGUGCUGUAGACUCCGGGAUUAGUGAUGUUUGUAAAGCAGAUUCCGGAGGACCUCUCUACUGCCUUGGGCAUGUUUACGGCAUUGUGGCUUGGGGGCCAUUCUGUGGUGAAUUCAAUUUAUCCACUGUGUAUCAGCGAAUUGAUACAGACAUCAGGUUCAUCGUCGGUUUGUCUUCAAGUUCAUUUUUACAAAUUAAUUUUCAUAUUUUUGUAUUUGCUGUAAUGUUUAUAUCAAUUUCCAUUAUUUAUGCCUACUUUGAGUGAUUCACAAUUAAUAAAUAAUAUGAAAUAAAUUUAUCAAGUUCUAUUUCAAUAGAAUU